AGGGAACAUUCGCUCGAAAACCUCGUGUCCUGUCGGAAGCGUCAACUGAUGAAGGAUUCUGAGAACAUAGAACAAGAGUCGCCGAAAAGGGCAAGAUACUCAGACGAAGCGCUGGUUGCAUCACCCCUUGCGCUGGAUGCACCGAACCAGCACGCAGAGCCUCAAGCAAGCACGCAUAGUCUCCAGAUCCCUAUGCAGCUCAAUGUCGAUGGUUCCACUGGGUUCAAUUCUGGCUCUUUUGUGGGUCAAUCGUAUCCGAUUUCUGACGAGAGUGUUAAGACAGUCUUGGAUCUCGGAUUGGCUCCCUACAACUAUGUUUUUCUCCCACUUACUCUAGACGGGCAAUGCGGCAUCUAGACUCCUAUGUCAGAUAGAGUAACUGUAGAGCUCAUGAACGGGAGUGCCUACAGUACAUGAAGGCCAAUCCACCCU